AUGGCCGACGAUGAUCUUGAGCUGAACUUGGGCAAGAAGAAGAAAGUGAAGAAGCUCCUUAAAUUGGACGAUGAGCCAGCCGAUGAGGAGAAUGUUGCUGCGAUUGCUGAUAACAUAGAUGACUUGCAACUUGGCCCAAAGAAGAAGCCGAAGAAGAAGGACAAAGCACUUUUGGAUGAAACAGCGGCUGCGGAGAAAGUCGGAACCGAUGACCUCAAUAUCGGAAUUGGUGCUAGCAACUUGCUUGACGCCAAAGGAGCAUGGCCCGAUUACACCUACCCGGAAAUGCUCACACUGGUCUUCAACGUCAUGAGAGAGAAAAACCCUGAAUUGGCCGGUGAAAAAAAGAAGUUUGCAAUGAAACCACCAGAGGUUCAACGAGCUGGAUCCAAGAAAACGGCCUUCUCCAACUUCAUCGAUAUUUGCCGCGUGUUGAAACGAGACAACAAACACGUUUUGCAGUUCUUGCUAGCCGAGUUGGGAACCACUGGCUCGAUCGAUGGAAACAACUGCCUCAUUUUAAAAGGCAAAUUCCAGCAAAAACAUUUGGAAAGUGUACUUCGCAAAUAUAUCAAAGAGUAUGUGUUUUGUCACACUUGCAAAUCAGCUGACACAAAGCUUGUUAGGGAGACUCGAUUGUUCUUCCUACAAUGUCAGUCUUGUAAUUCUCGUUGUUCGGUUACAGCCAUCAAGACUGGUUUUACUGCUAUGGUUGGAAAGCGUGCUGCCAUUCGACGUGCUCAAGAGGCAACUGGAGUGGUGACGCGG